UACAUAAAAAGGACACAGGUCUGACCAGGUUUAAUCAUUCAGGAGUAAAAUAACAUUCAUCAAUUGCAAAAUAUCUUCAUCAUCAAAAGUAGUUACAACAAUGAAGGGAUUAUCCUUGCUAAUUUUUCUGGCUGGCUUCGUUUCUCGAGGGGAAGGCAUCUCUUGCUAUCAGUGUCUGAACUUAAGGGGCGUCACACAGGACAGGCCUUUUCCUGGGGUAGCGUACGGCCCUGGGUGCGAAGCCGGCAACCUCGACAAGGAUUUUCUCGCCCCUUGCGAAGCAGAACCCGGGAAUGCUCCGCUAGACUCGUGUUACGAUAUGGAAAUGGUGAUGAAUAACGUCACAAUUAUUGUCCGAGAAUGCGGAAACCUUGAAGAGUUGGGCGGGGUCAGGUGCUUCGCUGCUGAUCAACGUGUUCGAGGAACCCUUUGGACUGUCCUUAAAAUCUUCGAAGAUUUCUUGUUCAAUAAUCCCGUCCUUCCGGAACGGCCUCCCGCCGAUAUCCCGAUGAAUCUGUGUAGCUGCAAGGGGGACGAUUGUAACGGGAAAUGUACUUGCGGCGGGACUGGAAAUGCGAGGAAAGGGGUCAUCAUAUCGGAGUUUCUGGUCCCUGCAGCAAUGAUCAUUUCGUUGGCGAGAACGCGAGAACUUGAGUCGAUUAUAAAUUUAUAAGGGACCAUCCAUAUAUUUCAUUAUCAAAAAUUCUCGAUUUUAGCACGGACCAACCAAACGUGAGUAUGCCUUAAUAAAUAAGGAUUUUUAACAUGGGAAAAAUAUGAUCACCCGCCCAAUAAAAUUAUUACGUAAUAUAUCGACGU